AUGGAGACCGAGCAGUUGUUCCGGAGGGUGUCGACUAUGCAGGCCUGUGUCCGGGGCUUUCUGGUCCGACGCCAGUUCCAGAGUCUGCGAGCUGAGUAUGAGGCUAUUGUACGGGAGAUAGAGGGUGACCUGGCCAUGAUGCAGUGGACUGAAGGUUGGCUUCCCAGGCCUCAGUUUCUCCCAGAGAAGGUAAAAUCACACCAGACCUGGAAAGCAGGAGAGAGGGUGUCAAGUCCAGAGAAGGAACUAGGGAGCCACUUUCCAUGUAAAGAGCCCAAGGAGAUGGUGCUGAAGAAUUCAGGAAAAAGGUCAGCAAACCCAGGAAAUCUCCCCUGCCGAGAAGACAGCCCCCAGCUUCAGGCUGAGCAGAGCAGGAAACCCAGCCGAGGAGAAACCGGAGACUCCUCAAGGAUGGAGAACCCAGAAGCCACAGAUUCAGGACUGUUCUACAACCAGCUUGAGCUUCAGAAGGUUCAGCACCUCCACAGCCACUUGGCUAUGGAACUGCUUUGGCUGCAACAGGCCAUCAAUAGCCGUAAGGAGUACCUAAUUCUGAAACAAACAUUGAACUCACCAGAGGCAAGCCAGACCAGAGAUGAGCCCAAUGUAUGCCCAGACCAUGUGGGACAGGUCUGUGAGAGGGUCUACAUACAACCAAGUCCACCACUAGAAGACCAGUCCUACAGGGACAGGACGACCAGAGAGCUAGACCCUGGGGAUGACUCCUGCUGGAGGGUCAAGUCACAACCCCACAAUCCCAAGAAAGUGGCCGCUGCAGAUAAAACCACUGCUGGGGCCAAGUACAGGGAACCAUGCUAUAGAAAGGCUGGAUCACAGCUGCCCACACUAUCAGACCAUCAGGCUAUAGGGAACAAGCUCAACAAAGAGUCAGAUCACAGAGAAUAGACUUCUAGAGGCACCUGCCUGCAGCUGAUGAAACAUCUGGAAGACCAGACCCCCAGAGAUCUCAAACCCAGGGGCCAUUGUUCUGAGAAGACCAGGACACAGCUGGUCAUGCUUUCUGAAGAGCCAACUAUGAAGGACAAGUCUUCCAGAGGACCAGGCUACCAAGAGCCUGACUGCCAGAAAGCUGGACCACAGGAAUCAAGCCCCUCAGAGACCCAUGUCAUCUGGGAUGAGACUUUGGCAGGGCCAGAGCAUAGUGGCCUAGAUCUCAGGAGAAUAAAACCACCCAAAGGCCAGAUCCCCAGUGAUAGAACCUCCAAAGAUGAACCCUCCAAGUAGCCUAGCCAUGAAGGAUGGACAAACCAGAGAACUGUACUACAGAGAUCAAAGCCACCUCAGUACCUGUCAUCCACAGGGUCAGACUCUAUAGGAGAGGACCACUGGAGGGGCAGACCAUGGAAAACGGGACCACCAGGCUAG